UCAGCUUAAACCCAACAGUGACAAAAUACAGUUCUCGGCCAGGUGUAGCUCAGAGGCUCAGGCCUGUAAUCUCAGCACUUUAGGAAGCUGAGGCAGGCGAAUCACUUGAGGCCAGGAGUUCAAGACAGCCUGGGCAACACAAUGAAAUCCAUCUCUACUAAAAAUACAAAAAUUAGCUGGGUAUGGUGGUGCAUGCCUGUAAUCCCAGCUAUUUGGGAGGCUGAGGCAGGAGAAUCGCUUGAACCCAGGAGGUGGAGGUGGUUAACGGAGAUGGUGCCACUGCACUCCUGCCUGGGCAACAGAGCAAGACUCUCUCAAAAAAAAAAAAAAAAAAAAAAAAUACAGCUCUCCACAAAAAUAUGCCUUAAAGACAAAACAAAACACACCUACCCUCCAAAUCUCUUGCCUGAGUCACUGCAUUCCUUCAAAGAUAAUCAACUCUGGUCUUUGCCUUCUCCUACACAUAAGCUCAUGUCUGGCAGGGUUACUGAUUAUACUUCUGCAAUCUAUAACCAGAUAUACUUAUCUCUAAACUUUGAUAACGAUUUUACACAUACUAAAUCUUCACCUGUAUAUAACCUCAACUGAAAUACCGUGAUGGAGCAAGAUUACUUCUGGGCUACAGGCCUCAGUCUAUAGUCCUCAAUAAGGCUCCUAAAUAAAACGAACUUUAAUUCUUUAAAAGGUUAAUUUUUUUCUUUGGUCAACAUACCAAUCGUACGUUAAUCCUACAGGGUAGGUAUUAUCGUCGUUUCGCAAGUGAGGACAACUGAGCUUCAGAAAAAAGGAUCUGUCUUAACAGACCAGACUGACUCCGGCAUUGCUUGGCUUCAAAGCCCAUUCCUGUAACCUCAAUAUUCACAGGCUCGUUUUCUUAAAUUAACAGCAUGCUACUUCCCCACGUUUAACCACCAUUUGUUUUAUUCAAUUCAUUCUUUACCCAAUAGGUAGAUACUGAGUCCCUACUACUUUAGCAAAUAAAACCCACCACGUGCUAUGCAGCAGAUUAAAAACGAGGAUGUACUGGCAAAUAAGGGCAGAGGGGAUCCACACACGAAAACUGCUCUGCCAACAAAUACCAGUAAAACGGUUUGAUGGCCAUCGGUAACGAGGGGUCGAGAUCAGGAGGCCGCUGGCCCCCCAGAUGCGUGCGCUCACUACCCGCGGGCCGCCAGACCCUCGGAUUCCAAUCCAGACAGCAAGAAGCCUCAGCUCUCUUGGACAGACCAAAGGCCAGGGUUGCACCUGGCUCAGAAACAAGCUCCAAGCCGCACGGGACACUCCUUCCUGCACGCGGACCGCGCGAGUGCUAUUAGAGACCCUGGAUUCAAGAUGUUCUCAGGUGGAACCAUUCCAGCUGGCGCUAACCCGGGCCAGUGCACAGCGCAGACGCCAAAACAGGCACCACGUGGUUCCGGCGCCGGGGCGGGGCCAGAGACGCCGGAAGUGACCGCGCUACCUACGGGUCCGCGGGGCGGCUCAAGCUCAGACCAUGGCGACCCAGGCGAAGCGCCCACGGCCCGUUCUGCGCACGCGCCGCGGUCUCCUCUAGUUCUCAGCGGGCCUUCGGCGGUCGGGCCUGGUCACUGCGCGCACUUAUCUCAGAUGGCAGAGCCCAUAGCUUGCGGCGACCAGGAUCCUGUGGCCGGCUUCUUGAGUUGGUGCCGGCGGGUGGGACUGGAGUUGAGCCCCAAGGUGGAGGUCAGCCGGCAGGGCACGGUGGCCGGCUAUGGCAUGGUGGCCCGGGAGAGCGUGCAGGCCGGAGAGCUGCUGUUCGUGGUGCCGCGUGCCGCGAUCCUGUCGCAGUACACCUGCUCUAUCGGCGGCCUGUUGGAGCGAGAGCGAGGCGCACUGCAGAGCCAGUCGGGCUGGGUGCCACUGCUGCUGGCGCUGCUGCACGAGCUGCAGGCCCCGGCCUCACACUGGAGGCCGUACUUUGCGCUCUGGCCCGAGCUGGGCCACUUGAAGCACCCUAUGUUCUGGCCAGAGGAGGAGCGCCGGCGCCUGCUGCAGGGCACAGGCGUACCUGAAGCCGUGGAGAAGGAUUUGGACAGCAUCCGUAGCGAGUACCACUCGAUUGUGCUGCCCUUUAUGGAAGCCCACCCCGAUCUCUUCAGCCUCAGGGUUCACUCCCUAGAACUCUACCUCCAGCUCGUGGCCCUUGUGAUGGCCUAUAGCUUUCAGGAACCACUGGAGGAAGAGGAGGAUGAAAAGGAGCCCAACUCCCCCGUGAUGGUGCCCGCUGCAGACAUACUAAACCACUUAGCCAAUCACAAUGCCAAUCUGGAAUACUCUGCGGAUUGUCUUCGGAUGGUAGCCACUCAGCCCAUUCCUAAAGGCCAUGAGAUUUUCAACACUUAUGGGCAAAUGGCUAACUGGCAACUGAUUCAUAUGUAUGGUUUUGUUGAACCAUAUCCUGACAACACAGAUGACACAGCUGACAUUCAGAUGGUGAUAGUUCGUGAGGCAGCAUUACAGGGAACAAAAACUGAAGCUGAAAGGCUCCUACUGUAUGAGCGCUGGGAUUUCCUAUGCAAACUGGAGAUGGUAGGGGAAGAGGGAGCUUUUGUGAUAGGGAGGGAGGAGGUGCUGACUGAAGAGGAGCUGACCACCACACUAAAGGUACUGUGCAUGCCUGCUGAAGAGUUCAGAGAGUUUAAAGACCAGGAUGGAGGGGGAGAUGAUAAAAGGGAAGAGGGCAGCCUGACAGUCACAAACAUUCCCAAGCUCAAAGCAUCGUGGAGACAACUGCUUCGAAACAGCAUUCUGUUGACCCUGCAAACCUAUGCCACAGACUUAAAAACUGACAAAGAUGUACUCAGCAAUAAGGAGGUCUAUGCUAAACUCAGCUGGAGGGAACAGCAAGCCCUACAGGUUCGCUAUGGUCAGAAGAUGAUCUUACAUCAGUUGUUAGAACUGACAAAUUAGAGGCUUCCCUGUUCCCUGAUGGAAUAAGAACUUUAAUACUCACUGAUGUUUGAAAAAGAGGAAAAUCUGGAUCUUAUUAAACACCAAAAGGGAAAGAGGCAAAGGUGGUGUACCAGGAUAAACUUGAGGUAAGGGUGGAUGUGUUUAAGGAUUGAGAACAGCGGACUUGGCAAUCACUGCUAAUUGUUACUUAACACAUGUUACAACUAUUUGGUUAGUUUUAACCAAAGCCAGUGGAAAUAUGGUGGUAAUAGGUCUUGUUGUGUUCCAGAGCAUUUAAUAUAUAUAUAUAUAUAUAUAUAUGGACAGACUUUGGAGGUAGACCCUAUUUUUAAAUCUAAGUCUAGUUGGAGGAAGUCACUUAACCUUUAAAAGACACUCAGGAUUUAAUAAGCAGUGUAACUGGCACUCAAUGAUCGCUUACCUGAAGUUCACCCUAGAUGGCACAAACCACCCCUCAGGAAAUAAACCCUAAGACAUCACUCAAGGAGGACUUUACUUAUUUAAUUUUGAAUCUUUUGUCCUCUCUGGCGGUAAAACUUGACAGUCAUGAAAGGUAAGUCCAGUUUGGGUUAAGUUUUAAAAUACAUAUCUACUCAUUUUCUCUAAAAAGAUACCAAAAUACCUAAGGGUAAAGAUAUUAAAGAAAACUGGGCAUUUUAAAUUUGGUUUAACCAGAGAAACCUGCUCCAGCAAUUUUCCAGUGUUGAAAUAGGAAAUAAAAUACAAUUUCCUUUCUUAAGCAUGCCAGUUUAGUAGUGGGAAUGACCUAUAUUCAGCAGGAAGUUGGUGGUUCCCAAUGGCCCCAAGCUCUGCAAGGCUGAACCGUCCACUCUUCCUCCUCACCAUCAGCACUGGCUGCUGCUACUACUGAGAAAGGCACAGUGGACUCACAUGUGUGUCAUGACUUUAAUGGUUGGCUACAGUAUGCAUACACAUACAGGGAGCUGAAGCCCACGAAAGGCUACAAAAUACAACACAGGGACCAAUACAUUAGCAAAACAUUCAAAAUCCUUAUUUAAAAAAAAAAAAAAAAGCUGUAUUGGUCCUUUCAUCUUUGUCAGUAUUCAGCUUAGCCUGUAUGGCCAUUCAUUCAGUGGAGUAAUGGGGAGGGCAGUUCAUGAGAUUUGGUUCCCUUUCCUGUAUUCCCACAGUUUAUAAAGGUUUCAGGAGAGGGAUGUCGGGGGUAGGGGUGAGGGUAGGGAGUGGGAUUUAAGCCUGGUCUGGUUUCCCUUUAGAUAAAAAAGCUGACCCCCAUCUCACGUGGCUGAGGUAUAUAUUCCCCAAAAGAAAUAAAAUGGUACCAAUGCAGUCACCUUUAGAAUGGGUUUGGGUAGAGACAAAACGCAAGGGAUUCCACUAGUGAGCCCUUCCCAGACAUAGCAAAUUCUAGCACGUCCACAUUUUUAAUAACUUAGUGAUUUUUCAGGGUCCCCUGUCCACAUUAAAAAAAUAAGUUACAUAAUAUUCAAACUGGCUUUUUGCUAUUCUUUGGGACACCAGGAAUGUCAGACGACAUGAAGCUAUGCCCUCAGACAAGUGCAUGGCAUCAGCUGCCUCUUUAUUACAAGGUACCAGUUUAUGUACUUACUUGCCUUGGACACAGCUUGCACAAACUCAAGAAGUUCCAGACAAAGGUUUUCUCUUUCAUAUAUUUACACAAGUUCAAAAUGAUAUUCACAGCAUCUUCUAAAUUUUGGCCAAGAGUCAAAAAAAAUGCAUUUAAACUUUGGAACGUGCCCACAUAAGACAGGAGGCUGAUCCCAACAGUAGUUGGGGCAGAUACCCGCAAACCAAACGGCUGGGAAAGUCAGGGAGAGCUGAAAGGAUUCUUCAGUCAGUUUAUGAACUCGGUGCAGUGAGACCGCUAGAGUGACACAUACAACAGAGAUGCAGUUUCAUCUAACUGGCACCUGUCCCUUCCAUUACUUGCUGGGCCUGCUUCUGUCCCAUGCAGCACUGUGCGACCGACUGGAAUAACCUGAAGGUCAAAGACAGUUACAAAUUUGUGAUUAAAGAGUAGGCUUAGCAAUACCUUGCAUCGCAUUUGCUUUAGCUACUAAUCACUGACCCAACCUAGAGACAAAUGGUUUUCAUUCUCUUGUCAUUACUAGACAAUUAAAAAUUACUUUUAACUCACUUUUCUAUUUCUGGGGCACAGUGUACAAAUUCAUGGUUCCAGAACUUAAACGCUGGGUUUUUAAUCAGCUCAAUGAAGGUAAUAAGAAGACCCCAAGGAUGUGGCCUAUUUACAAUCAACCGUUCCAAGAGAACUCUGAAAAGGGAGAAAGAGCUAGUUAAUACAGAGAAGCACACAAAUUCAUGAUUAUUCUUCCAUUACCUUUUUUUUUUUCUAACUUCUCCCUGAUUAUUGAACCACAUGCCAAAGUUUCAACCUUUGGUAAAGACCUUUAGUCAGUACACUCCAGAUAGCAUGGGUUGGAAUAACUGGGUUUGAAACCCUGUUCUUAGCCCUAGAAGACCACGUAUUAAUGUAAAGUGCAGAUAACAGCAUGUAUCUCACAGCUGUUCAGAAUAAGGGGUGACAGGGAGAGGAAGCCACAUAAAGCCCAGAGGACAUGGCACACAUAGUACAAAAAGUAGUAACUUCAAGAAUGAGCUCCCAGGCCCGGUACAGUAGCUCAUGCCUGUAAUCCCAGCAUUUUGGGAGGCAAAGCUGGGUGGAUCACCUGAGGUCAGGAGUUUGAAAUGCCAUCUUAUUAAAAAUACAAAAAUUAGGCAUGGUGGUUUAUGCCUGUAAUGCCAGCAGUCAGGCUGAGGCAGGAGAACCUCUUGAACCCCAAGUAGGUGAAGGUUGUGGGGAACUGAGAUUGUGCCACUGCACUCCAGCCUGGGCAACAGAGACUACACCUCAAAGAAAUAAAAGAAUGAGCUCUCAAUGAAAAGUUAGGAAGAAUUCUACUACUAGUGCAUGUGUAAAUUGGUAGAAUUUUUCUGAAUGCCAGUAAGUAUUGGCUUAACUUUAUGUCCUUUCAUGUACCAACUGUACAUGAAGCGUAACAAAAGUGCAAGGAGACGUACUGCAGCUUUAUAUAAACAAAAUGGAACACAUCAUCUAAGCAUCCAAUAAGAUAUUCUGGUACACAAAUCAAAGGAAUACCAUAUUUAGCACCAUAGGUACAACUUAAUUAGGCAAAUGGGCAAGUUUCAAGAGUCUGGCCCAAUUUUUAAAAUGUAAGUGUGUAUAUAUCUAUCUCACUAACAAUCUCUCCAAUGCUAUAUCUAGUCUAGGCAAUCCGGCAACAGACUGCUAACUCUUGUAAGGAAAAUGCAGGCCAGGCACGGUGGCUCACGCCUAUAAAUCCCAGCACUUUGGGAGGCCGAGACCGGUGGAUCAUGAGGUCAAGAGAUCGAGACCAUCCUGGUCAACAUGGUAAAACCCCGUCUCUACUAAAAACACAAAAACUGGCUGGGCAUGGUGGUGCAUGCCUGUAGUCCCAGCUACUUGGGAGGCUGAGGCAGGAGAAUUGCUUGAACCCAGGGGACGGAGGUUGCAGUGAGCUGAGAUUGGGCCAUUGCACUCCAGUCUGGGUAAAACAGUGAAACUCCGCCUCAAAAAAAAAAAGGAAAUGCAAGUAUGAUCCUCUUAUUGCUACUGCUUUCAACCCAGAGUUAAUGAGGAAAAGUCCAAAGUCUUCCAUACGCCUACAUGACUUAGGACAAGUUAUCACCACCACCCCAGAGAAACUCUGACCUUUAAUCAAAAUGUGCCUUGUGGCAUAAACUACUUUUCAUUAAGCAAUGAUUAUGAUUUCUAAUUCUCUACUUGUGAUAUGUGUCCAUCAGAAUGAGUAUUAGGAGGGCAGGAACCAUCCAUUUUGCUCACAAUUGUAUCCCACAAUUAAAAGAUUAUUGGACAUGUAGAAGAUUUUCACUGAAGACUGUGUACAGUGGCUCAAGCCUGUAAUCCCAGCACUUAGGGAGGCUGAGGUGGGCGGAUCACUUGAGGUCAGGAGUUCAAGACCAGCCUGGUCAAAAUCCUGAAAUCCUGUCUCUACUAAAAUGCAAAAAUCAGCUGGGCAUGGUGGUGGGCGCCUGUAAUCCCAGCUACUUAGGAAGCAGGUGUUGCAGUGAGCUGAUACCGCAGCAUUGCACUCCAGCCUGGGCAACACAGCAACACUAUUUAUCAAAAACAAUAAUUUUAAAUAAGAUUUUUACUUAACAUUGAAUGCAUAGAAAAACAAAAACCAAAGACUUUAAGAUGAAAGGACGGGGGACCAUUUUGAAGCAUUUAAAAAGUAAACUGCUCUCUUACCUUGUGAUCUGUUCUUGGAUAGCUUCCGUAUUGGCCUCUGCAAAAAGGUACAGCAUGGUGCAACUGAAGUAGUGAGUGUGGCUAUUUGGGUACCGGAGCUGAUUUGCAAUUGCGUUCAAAAAGAGAUAGCGACCUAGAAAUUAAGAAACCUUGACUUAGUCUGAAAAGUGAACACGGGAAGACAGUUCUGACUGCUUAGGGUUUGGGUUUCUGAUAGAGGCUUUCAAAUUAAUCUUUGGUUUAAAGCUGUGGUUCUCCGGACCCCCGAGUUCUCAUUUCUGUAGGUUUUAUUUCAGUAUUUGCCACAUUCGAAAUUAGAUUUGUAAAAUAUUUAUUCAUUUUUAAACAGAGACCCAUUAUAUGUUAACAGAAGUAACAUGAAAUAUUUUCUGGUGACACUCAUCACUAAGUUUUUCUACAUUUUGUAGAUCUUUAAUUCUUGCUUAAUAAAAGACAGCUGUAUUCUCA